UAGAAUAUUCCCAAAGGUGUUGGAUGGUUGCCCAAAGAACGUUUAGUAGACAACCACCGAAUAUUGCAAACAACGUUUAUUAAUCAUUCACAAAACACUAAAAGGACCGCACAUUUGUUACCUAAUCACGAAACUCUUUGAAGAGCAUUAACGAACAGAGAACACUAUGAAGAUCAUUCGAUAGUCAAUCACCCCGAACACGUUUCUGUAGCCGACAUCAAACAUUUCCGGGGGAAACUCGGAAUUAAUUUGGGGACAACCACGUGAGUCACGUGACCGCCCUCCUCCAAGCAUAAAACAAGUCCCCUAUUUGUCACCGGGAGUGAAUCCAAGUUAGAACUGUUGAAGAACAAACCCUCUCUUACCUUUUCUUCCACAAAACAAACAUGAUUUCACGUUCUACCAAAUUUGUCACCCACCCAAUCCUUCAAUCGCUAACCCAAACCCCAUCUUUCUCCACACUCCCAUCUUCCUUCUCCCAAAUCCCAAAAAAGCUCCACCACAAAGACUGGCUAUCCCCAAACGAAGUUCUCCAAGUCUUCACAGCCCUCCAAGACCCCAACUCAGUCCUCACAGCCCUCGACCACUACUCCAAGCGCAAGGACUACAAGCCCAAUGAAGCCCUCUACACCUUGAUCAUCGACAAGCUCGCCCGAGCCCACCUCUUCGACGCCGUGGACAAUGUCAUGAACAGAAUCAAAUCCGAAAGGAAAUGCCGGCUAUCCGAUGACUUCUUCCGCGGUGUUAUCAAGAAUUACGGCAAUGUGGGUGGUCAUAUCAAGAAGGCGAUACAGACCCUUUACGAUAUGCCCCGUUUCGGGUGCUGGCCCAGUGUGAAGACCUUCAAUUUAGUUCUGCAUUUGCUGGUCUCGACCAAGAUGUUUGAUGUUGUUCAUCAGGUUUAUUUGAUGUCGCCGCAAUUGGGUGUCGAGAUUGAUGCUUGCUGUUUGAAUAUAAUCAUCAAAGGGCUGUGCGAAAGUGGGAAGCUGGAUAGCGCACUCCAGGUGCUCGACGAAUUUCCCCAGCAGAAAUGUGAGCCGAAUGCGCUGACGUUUUCGACGCUGAUGCAUGGGCUCUGUGUCAAUGGGAAAGUGGAUGAGGCUUUUGGGUUGCUCAAGAGGAUGGAAAAUGAGGGCAUUGAGCCGGAUUCGGUCACGUUUAAUAUAUUGAUAGCAGGGCUUAGGAAACAGAAGAGAUAUGAUGAGGGCAUUGAGCUUUUGGAGCAAAUGAAGCUCAAGGGGUGUGCUCCAAAUCCAGCUUCCUAUCAGGAGGUUUUGUAUUGUUUGCUUGAUGCACAGAGGUUCGCUGAGGCGAAACAGUUCAUGAUUCGGAUGGUUUCAAAGCGUGUUGGUCCGAGUUUCGUGUCGUACAAGCAACUGAUUCAGGGGUUGUGUAAAGAAAAUAGGGUGGAGGAUCUGGAUUGGGUUUUGAGGCAGAUGAUGCGACAAGGUUUUGUGCCAAAGAUGGGUAUGUGGAGGCAGAUUAUCAGAAGUGUGUUUUCAAAGAAGAGCAACCAUUAUUGUGUUUCUUGUGAAGAGACUAUAGAUGAUUUGAUCACUUGAAAUGGAUCAGUCUGUAUUUUAGUCAUAAGCUGAAAUCACUUUGUUA